AUGUCCGAUAGUCGCAUUGACUAUCAGCCUCUUCGCACGGAAGCACUGGAUUCGCCUUCAUACCACCGCUCCAGUGAUAUUGCAGACCCUUCCCAAGGCAAAUACUCUGUCCGUAAAACCGACAGCGACGAGGACGACGAUGCCGGUAUCCAUGCGACGGAAAUCCAGGAACUGGUCGGCUCCUCAGGGCAAGACUUUUCAGAGCACUUACGAGGGCAACAGGGACAGGACGUUGACGUGGACGAUGAACACCAUACUUCUAGGGCCGACUGGAUAAUCCGAGUGCAGGCCUUCCUUUGCGCGGCCCUGCUGGGCGUGUCCACCCACUAUACUCUUCAUAUGACAGGGCCGCUCAAGGAUGUACUCAAGGAGAGUAUGGGCAUCAGCAAUACCCAAUUCUCGUUACUACAGUCAUCCUUGACAUUGUUCCCAACGCUCAUCCCGCUCAUUGGAGGACUAUUGGUCGAGCGCUACGGAACCGGACCCAGCUCGAUCGUCUUCACUACAAUUGUCAUCCUUGGACAGAUCAUUGUCGUUUUGGGAUGCUGGACGCGCUCCAUCAAGGUCAUGAUUACCGGAUACUGUCUUUUUGGCCUAGGAGCAGCGCCCAUUACGAUUAUCCAAGAGACCAUAUGGAUUAGAUACUUUAAGAAGAAUGGCCUAGCAUUGGUUUUGUCCCUUGGCCUUCUCAGCGGAAAAUUGUCUGGCUUCCUCGCACUCGCAACAACCGUACCUCUGACGACCUUUGGGUUUGCUACCCCCUUCAUCGUCUCAUUAUGCAUCUCAGUGUUUGCUUGGGCGAUGAACAUUCUAUUUUUAUGGCUGUCGAAGAAACCCAGAGAGGACACCGACGCUAUGACGAAGAUCACAAUUCUUUUGAAGGCAAAGAGGACGAACUUGGGAUGGAACGAAGUGUAUGGGUUCUCGAGCAUGUUCUGGACAAUGUUGGCUAUCAGCUUCUUGGUGGGCGCGAGCUGGAACCCAUUUAUUCAUCAAGCAAGCAAUAUUGUUAAGCAUCGGUACGGACUCAACGACGAACAGGCAGCAUGGGAGGCAUCAGUUAUUUUGGCUGUCCCUCUCGUCGUAUACCCCUUCCUCGGCACAUUCAUUGAUCAUGCGGGGAAACGCGCCUGGUUGCUCCUGGUCACUGCAGGAUUGCUGAUCAGCACUCAUGUCGUCCUUAUGAUACCAUUCGGAAUCGUGCCCAUUCCUCCAACCAUUCCGAUGUUAUUCUUUGCGCUUUCACUAUCUCUGGGAACACUCUCGAUCGUCACCAGCAUGCCAGUUCUGACAAAGCAUGUUCCAACGGGCCUGGGAUUACACCGAUCCAUCGAUAAUAUUGGCGCGACACUGUUCGGCACAGUCGCAGGCAUGUUGCAGGAUUUUCCAGACAAUGAAGGCGAUGGCGAGUCCGAGACAGAGAGCUUUUUCUAUCGCCUCUACCACCAUCUUUUCCCUGCCCAGGUAGACCAGGCUCAGGAGGAGCGAGAAGACCUGCAGCUUUUGGGCAUGUUCCUCUCCGUCGCAAUCAUUGCGUUUAUCACCUGUGCUAUUUUCGUCUGGGGCGACUAUCACUGGACUGAUGGCGAGGGCGGGAAAACGAGGCUCGUCAAUGGCGUCUACGGCAAGAGGGAACCUAUUGAGACGACAGCUACGCGGACAAGGAGGAAUCGAAGGCGUCGGAGUCAUGAAGUGCUGGAGGCAAUGACGAUGGAGGCGAUAUUUGAGUUAGAGGAUGAACCGGAUGCAGAAGUAGUGUCUAUGACAGAGAUAGGAAGCACGCAUCUCGGAUUCCACUCUUCGAACCAGCAAGGAUCCGAGGCUAUUCUCCCAUUGGGCCCCACAUCAGAGCCGCAGAGUAACCAAAGUACUCGCUAUGAGCUUCGCCACCAACAACUUGGGCACCCGCAGCGGCGAAGUGAGUCCUCAAACGAAGACGAAGACCUUCAGGAGGAAGAAUAUGAGGAUGAGCAGGAUGAGUAUCGGUUUGGGGUGCGGAUUGAGAGCGGGGAUGAUGAGGUACCGCAUUUUAAGAAAGUUCAGGCACAUUUUUGGAUCAUGGUGUGGUCCGCGCUCCUGCUGGCCAGCUGGGCCGUGUUUGGCGUAGGCGUGUCGCGGUAG